AUAUUUGACUUUGCGGAGCCAUUUAGAGGAACAUGCCUAAGAAGAAAAGCGGUGCACGAAAGAAAGCCGAGAGACAACGUGAAAUCCAGAAGCAGAUUCGGAAAAUGCGGCGCAUGUAUGCGAGAUCAGAAAAAUCGUGCCUUUUGCUAUUUCUGCAACACAUUGAAUAAUUUACCGGUUUGUGCGGGUUGUGGUAAACAAAAAUGCAUGAUGAAGAGCGGGGACUGCGUCAUCAAACAUCCAGGCAGAUUUACUACUGGUUUCUUUUUGUUUUUAAAGGAAAAUUCUUGAAA